GCUCGCGGACAACGUGCUCUGCUACGUCACGUUUCUCGCCGUCCGGGACCGGAGGGAAAGCGGCGAUUUGUACAGUAUCGUCGACCUGCGGCUGCGACUGCUGGCUGGCAUAGACACGGCGCUGCUGGUCUUCUCCAUCAUCGGUACUGCCUUCUUCGUCUCCCUUGUCGUGUUCGUGGAGUGCUGGAAGCGGCCGCUCUUCCUGGAGUUGAUGACGGGCCGCGUGUACUGUAGCUGCAUUCCAUGCGCGGUGAUCUCCAGCAUCUUGCUGUGGAAUGUCGAGAACGCCCACCUGUCGCCCUUUGCCUCGCUGGCGAUCACCGUGCUCUUCAUCGCGUGCUGGUGCCUGCACGUGAGGCUGAGAUUCACCCGUCGCCUCAGGCUCCUGUCCAUGAUCGUGGUGGACACGUCCUGGUGCCUCGCCCUCAUGACUCUGCUCGGCCUGGUCUGGCUGGUCUUCGAGAGACAGCUGCACGUGCUGACUAGCUCGGACGCCCUUGAUUGCCCCUACGUGGACAACAGCAGGAUGCCUGUCCAGGUGCUGCCCCUCGGCGCCCGCUUCUGCGCAGGCUGGGGCGCGCCCACGUACAUAGUGCGGGAGCCCGUCAGCUCCAUUACGCUGGGCUGCGGCGACACCUUUGUAGAUGUCCUGAACGCCAGCAUGGAGGUCCACACGGUAACCUGCCCGGCUGGUUGCCUCGCUCACAUAUCGAUGAUUCCGCCGCGGAUGUUUGAUUACGCGGGCAUCCUGGGCGCCGUUCUUGCAAUGCCCGAACUUCAAGAGCAGGAUUCAGACACCUUGGUGGGCUGCGGGGUGUACACGGCUGAUUCUUCAGUCUGUUUAGCGGCGAUGCACGACGGCGCCCUCACCGAUGCCGGCGGGACGACGCGCGUCCACGGGCGUCUUGGGUUGCCCAGCUACCGGACCUGCAGCAUGAACGGCCUGAUCUCCGAGGCCCGGACCGUGGCGAGCUCGGGCACCCCGGUGACCUUGGAGACAAGCAUUUCUGCUACUUUGUCAUAUGCGCUGGCCACCACCACAACUACUGCAGGGGUUCGCCGCCUCGCGACGCCGCCCGCGGUAUACGGGGCGGAUGGCCUGGAGGUGCCGCAGGCCUUCCACUUCAACCGCGAGCACCGCGAGUACAUACAUCUGGAGCGCUACGACGUGUCCCCCUCGAGCGACCCGGGCGUCCAGGACGACGAGCCCUGGACGCGCGUCGAGGCCACGGUCUCCGCGGAGGUGGCCGGGCUCCUGCUCUCGGGCGAGAGGGUCCGCUUGGGCAGCGCGCCAGGGUCGCCGCUGUUCCUGCCGCGCGACCCCGGGCAGGUGGUCGCUGGCCAGCAGGCCGGCGAGUGCGUGCUGAGCGGGGCGGGCGUGCUCUGCCGCGGCAGCGGCGCGUCUGUCCUGGAGCUCAGCUUCUGCGGCACCGGCGACG